GAGAGAGAGAGAGAGAAAGAGAGUGAGGAGAGAGAGAGAGAGGGAGAGAGAGAGAGAGAGAGAGAGAGUUUUGGGCGAAGUGUAGUACUACUGAAGCAGGGGUGCGGCAAAAACGAGCUUGUGCGAAAAGCCACUCCUUUUCUCCUGCUUCUGCUUCUUCCUGUAGCCGCUGAGGAAUCGAGCGAAUCCGAGACUUGAUUCGGAGUUUUGGGUCAUCUAGGUUUCCUCGCUUUCCUCUCUCCACGCACACUGGUGCCUUGAGGGGAAAAAAGACACAAAUUUCCAGUGUUCCCACCCGCUUGCUUGAAAUUUAAGAUCAUUUUCAGGCAAGGUGAAUUAAGCCUGGAUCUUGAAUAUUUGGGAUCUUUGAGUAAUAUGCCCCUCCUUGUAUUUAUAUGCUGGUCAUUAACAAAAACUCAAGGAACUUCUUCUGGGGCUUGAAUACAUGUGGGUGUAGUUGCUUAAGGCAAAACAGUAUUCAGCAUAAUAUGUUGCCAUUUGAGUAGUAUUCAUUGGGGAGCUAGCGCAUGAGUAUGUUGGCGGGGACAUGCUCCAGCUACAAGAAGCUCAUGUACCCGCGCUCUUUCUGGUCUUCGUUGUGCUUCCGCUGGUAACUUAUAUUCUUCUUGGGAUAUGGGGUGAGGCGGCGAAGAAGAAAGCAAGGAUAAGUGUGCUUGCUCAGCGAGCCGCUGAGGAAGCACUUAGAGUAGAAGCGAUGGCUUGUGCUGAUGUUAUAAUGCCAACUAGUCCUUCUUUGAGACAUGGGUUUCAUGAAUGCGCCAUGUGCCUCGCCCCUGCUACGACUCGCUGCUCAAGAUGCAAGUCUGUUAGAUACUGUUCUGGGAAGUGUCAAAUAAUUCACUGGAGGCAGGGACACAAGCAAAUAUGUCAACAGUGGUGUGAUAACGUUAUAAAUGGCUCCCCAGGCCUAUCUGCUACAGAAGCAGUUCAUCAGAAGUACUUCCCAAAAAGCUUGAAUGGUCCAGUUGUUGGAACUGAUACUGAAGGUUCAUGGAACUGUGAUGAUCCUGGUGAUCCAUCAAAUGAUCCAUCUAAUAUCGCAGCUGAUAAAUCUCAAGAUGCAGGGACUGGAAUGCAUUCUUCAGAAAGGUCUCCCAACAAAUCAAAGCGAGUGUCCUUUAGAAGUGAAGAUGGUAUUCCUUUUGCCUUGAAUGAAAAUUGUAGCAGUGCUAUGCAUGAGGGCACGGUGUUUUCAGAGAAUACAUCGAAGGAAGCUCUUUCCGGACAUAAGUUAAUAAAUGGGGAUUUGGCUUCUGAUGACAUGCAUAAGAAUCAAGAUGCUGGUGCGUACAUUGCCAAAAAUAUUCCGCACCAGCUUCAUAAAUCAGCAAGUGAAACAAGAAAAGCUUCCAAAAAAAGCAGCUCACCUGGAGCACCAAUUCCGUCUCAUUUGGGUAAUAAAGUGAUAAGUGAGUUGGAAACUGGAAUUUGUGACACUUCAGAUAAGAUUGGAAAUUGUGAGGGUGGAUCUGCUUCUUCUGUUGCCGUUAAAGGUAACACGACAUAUAAGAAACCUCCAUACACACACAGGCAAAAAGUUUCUGUAUCUCAAAAAUCGGAAGACCAGUUGUUAGAAGAGUACCAUUCUCGUGGUAUAGAAAGAAAUUCAUGCAAGAAAAAUGAAUUGAGAUACUCUGAAUUGACAAAUUGCACGAAGAACCAAUACAAUGGGUUCUCAAACACAGGAGGGAUGAAGAGUGAAAGCUCAAAGAAGCCCGGGAAGUUACUUAAAUGUACUCUUGUUGGAUUGUUAAAUGAUAAGAAAAGGAAUAAGACAUUGCAGGUGUUGUUUCCAUACGAGGAUCUUGUGAAGUUUUUUCAGAGCGAAGUCCUGGGAAUUUCUCCUAGGGGUCUUCUUAAUUGUGGAAAUAGUUGCUACGCUAAUGCUGUCUUACAGUGUCUUACUUGCACGAAACCCCUCAUGAUCUACCUGCUUUUGCGAUUGCACUCCAAAGCUUGUUCUGCAAAAAAAUGGUGCCUUAUGUGUGAACUUGAGCAAUAUGCUUCAAUGUUACGGGAAUGUGGAGGCCCUUUAUCUCCAAGUAGGAUCCUUUCAAAUAUGAGAAAUAUUGGUUGUCGUUUGGGCGGAGGAAGCCAGGAAGAUGCUCAUGAGUUUUUAAGGCUUCUUGUAAUGUCUAUGCAAUCCUCCUGCCUCGAGGGACUCGGCGGUGAAAAGGAACUCGACCCAAGACUACAAGAGACAACACUAAUACAACAGAUUUUCGGUGGUCGCCUCAGAUCAAAGGUCAAGUGCCUCAGAUGCUAUCAUGAGUCUGAGAGAUACGAGAAUAUCAUGGAUCUUACUUUGGAGAUACAUGGAUGGGUGGAGUCCUUGGAAGAUGCCCUAACACAGUUUACUGCUCCCGAGGAUUUAGAUGGAGAAAACAUGUAUAGAUGUGGAAGGUGUUCUGCGUACGUCAAAGCCAGGAAACAAUUAAGUCUGCAUGAGGUGCCAAACAUCUUAACCAUAGUUCUGAAGAGAUUCCAGACAGGGCAAUUCGGGAAAAUCAAUAAAUGCGUUACUUUCCCUGACAUGCUGGAUAUGAUACCCUUUGUGACUGGAACUGCAGACAACCCUCCUCUUUACCUUUUGUAUGCGGUGGUUGUACAUUUAGAUACACAGAAUGCAUCAUUCAGCGGACAUUAUGUCUCAUAUGUCAAAGAUAUGCAAGGAACAUGGCUAAGAAUCGACGACUCUCAGGUGCAAACUGUAUCAUUGAGUCAGGUGAUGUCAGAAGGUGCAUACAUGUUAUUCUAUUCAAGGUCUUUCCCCCGGCCUCCGAGAGUUUACAUUGAAAAGCAACUUCUCCAAGCCUCAUCUUCUUCCAAGCUCAACACCCCCAAAUCCCAAAAAGCUUCGAAAAGUGAACAACAUAAACAAUCCGAAAUUCCUUCCGUUGAAGAUGCGACAAGUUGGGUAUAUGAUUUUAGACUGGAAUUUAGAGAAGACAACAACAAGGACCAGACUGGACCGUUCACAGAUACAUACAGUGUAGAUUUCUCUGAUGCUACUACUACAUCGAGCGACUGGUCUUUCUUCACGAGCUCUGACGAAUCAUCCUUCACCACCGAGAGCACCAGGGAUUCAUUUAGCACAGUGGAUUAUGGAGAUAAUGUAGGAAGCGAUCCAAUUUCCUCUAUAUUCGGCGCAUAUUAUGGCACAGAGUACUCUCAGGGAAAUGUCAUUUCAUGUAGGAAGUUCUCGCCUUGUGGACCGCAAACGAAGUUCUUCCCUGAGAGCAUGGGCCGUGAUGUACAUAGAGGUAGGUAUCUAAUUCGAAACUUUGCUUCUCCUGCUGGCCCUUUAGAUUUGGGUAGUAACUAUAAUGUGUAUGGUCGAUACGGGAGUAAUCCCAAAGAUGGUUUUGUCCAAACUUCUGGAUUAUGUGACAUGUAAUUGAUUAGAUUUGAUAGUUUAAUACCAAUCUAAAUAUUGUUGGCGCCUCA